AUGGCUCAGAGCCUGGAGGAGCGUUGCAACCGCAUUCUGAGGAACAUGGAGGCCUCCCUUACCGCCCGGGAUCGUGUGGGGAUCCAGGAUUUUGUUCUGUUGGACGCCUACACCAGCGAGACGGCCUUCCUGGACAACCUGAGGAAACGCUUCCGUGAGAAUCUCAUUUAUACCUAUAUCGGGACUCUGCUGGUCUCGCUCAACCCGUAUAAGGAGUUGGACAUCUACAGCAAGAAGCAAAUGGACACAUACAUGGGCGUCAACUUCUUUGAGCUCCCGCCUCACAUCUACGCCUUGGCCGACAACGUGUUCCGCACCAUGAUGUCGGAGUUCAACAACCACUUCAUCCUAAUCUCGGGCGAGAGCGGCGCAGGCAAGACGGAGGCCUCCAAGAAAAUUCUUCAUUUUUACGCCGUUAGCUGUCCCAGUACCAAAAUACUGAAUAAUGUCAGAGACAGGCUGCUGCUGUCCAACCCCGUUCUUGAGGCGUUCGGAAAUGCCAAAACCCUGAAGAACGACAACUCCAGCCGUUUUGGGAAGUACAUGGACAUCCAGUUUGACCACCAGGGUGGGGCGGUAGGCGGCCACAUCCUAAGCUACCUGUUGGAGAAGUCACGCGUGGUCCAUCAGAACCACGGCGAGCGAAACUUUCACAUUUUCUACCAGCUGGUGGACGGCGGGGAUGAGGAACUGCUCCGCUGGCUGGGCCUGCGGAGGGACUGCCAGCAUUACAACUACCUGGUUCAGGGUGACUGUGCCAAAGUUAGCUCCGUCAACGACAGAAGCGACUGGAGGACGGUGUGCAAAGCUCUCUCAGUCGUGAACAUCAGCGAGAGUGAUGUUGAGCACUUGUUUGAAAUCGUCGCCAGCGUGCUCCACUUGGGCAACCUCAAGUUUGAGGCGGACACUCGAGGAUACGCCGCUCUCCACAACAGCCAGGAAAUGCACUGGCUGUCCAAGCUGCUUGGGAUUCCCGCUCAGGUGUUGGAACAGGCCUUAACCCACCGCAAGAUUGAAGCCAAAACAGAGGAGGUAUUCAGUCCCUUUUCGGUGGAUCACGCUGUAUAUGCCAGGGAUGCCCUUGCCAAAGCUGUCUACGGGCGCACUUUCAACUGGCUGGUCAACAAGAUCAAUGAGUCAUUAGCUAACGUGGAUUCUUCCAGAAAAACCGUCAUUGGCCUUUUGGACAUUUAUGGAUUUGAGGUGUUCACCGUCAACAGUUUUGAACAGUUUUGCAUCAACUACUGCAACGAGAAGCUACAGCAGCUUUUCAUCCAGCUCACCCUCAAGUCGGAGCAGGCCGAGUACGAGAUGGAAGGCGUCGAGUGGGAGCCCGUGCCAUAUUUCAACAAUAAGAUCAUCUGCGACCUCGUGGAGGAGAAACACAGAGGGAUCAUCUCAUUAUUGGAUGAGGAAUGUUUACGUCCCGGAGAAGCCACGGACUUCACUCUUUUGGAAAAAAUGGAGGAAAUAAUCGGCGGCCAUCCUCAUUUUGUCACACACAAACUGGCAGACCAGAAAACGAGGAAAAGUCUGGCGAGGGGAGACUUUCGCCUCUUGCACUACGCUGGAGAAGUUACGUACAGUGUCAUAGGAUUUCUGGACAAAAACAACGACCUGCUGUACAGAAAUGGAAAAGAGGUAAUGCAACAGUCCAAAAAUUUAAUCAUCAAACACUGCUUCCCUCCGAGUGAGCCGGACCAUAAGAAGAGGCCCGAAACUGUAGUGACGCAGUUCAAAAGCAGCCUGGUGGGCUUGAUAGAGAUCCUCGGGACCAAAGAGCCAUGGUAUGUCCGAUGCAUCAAACCCAAUGAAGCCAAAGAGCCAGGACGCUUCGAUGAUGUCCUGGUGAGACAUCAGGUGAAGUACUUGGGUCUGAUGGAACACUUGAGGGUACGGCGGGCGGGGUUCGCCUACCGUCGCAAAUACGAGAUCUUCCUCCAGAGGUACAAGCCUCUUUGUCCGGACACGUGGCCCAGCUGGAAAGGCACGGCGGCAGAAGGUGUGCAAGUGCUGAUCAAGCAUCUGCGCUACCAACCUGACGAGUACAAGAUGGGCCGGACCAAGAUCUUCAUUCGCCAUCCAAGAACUCUGUUUGCCACCGAAGACGCCUUUCAAGUUUGCAAACAUAAGCUGGCGACAAAAAUUCAGGCCAAGUACAAAGGCUACAGAGUGAAAGGCGACUACCAGAAGCAGAAAGAAGCUGCCACCAAGAUCGAGAACUGCUGGCGAGGCCUGGUGGCCAGAAAGGAGCGAGAAAAGAGGGAAUGGGCUGUCGCGAUCAUCAAGAGGUUCAUCAAAGGUUUCAUGACCCGAAACGAGCCGAGCGGCGCCGACAACCGAGAGUACCUGUCCUACGUGCGGCACAGCUACCUGACACGCCUGAGGGAAAACCUCCCCAAAACGCUUCUGCACAAGGACUCGUGGCUCACCCCCCCACCCAUCUUGAAAGAGACGUCACUGUUCCUGAAGCAACUCUUCAUUCGCCACAUGGUGCGCAAAUACGUGCAAGGAAUUACUGAGGAGCGAAAGGCACUACUUCUGUUGAAAGUGCAGACCAGUUUCAUGUUCAAAGGGAAAAAGGAGAGCUACCCGCUCAGUGUGUGCACACCCUUCCUCGACACCAGGAUAGAUAUCGGAGACAUGAAUAUGAAAGCGUUGCGAAUGAUUCAACAUGAGAAUGUCAAGUAUAGCGUCCCGGUGGUGAAGUACGACCGCAACGGUUUUCGCCCUCGUCCUCGGCAGCUCGUCUUCACCCGAGACGCCGCCUAUCUGCUGGACGAGGCCAAGAUCAAGCAGAGGAUCCGUUAUGGCUCGCUGAAAGGAGUUUCUGUGAGCAACCUGAGUGACAACUUCCUGAUUCUCCAUGUCACCUGCGAUGACGUCAAGCAGAAGGGCGAUCUUGUUUUGGAAUGUGACUUCCUUUUUGAGGCCUUGACCAAGCUGAGCGUCAUUGUCGACAAGUGCGACUUUAUCCAGGUGGUCCAGGACAGUGUGCGAUUCGACAUCCAGCCUGGCAGAGAAGGCGUUGUUGAUUUCAGGAGCGGUCAGGAGUCGGUGGUCUACAGGGCCAAAAAUGGACAUUUGACUGUGGAAUCCACAAGCACCAAAUCCAGAUGAGUUGGGACGACGUCACCCCCUGUCGACAAACGCAACACUUGCUCAAAAAAAAAAACAAAAGAAGCUCAAAUUGACUUUUUUGGGGCAACUUGAUGACGUCACGUAACAGCAUAAACUGUUACUGUACUAUGCCAAUAUGUUACUCAAGGACCAAGUAGUUAAUCCCCAGAAGAUAAACAUGCAUACAAAAUAAUCACUUAGAAACAGAAAUGUCUACGUUGCAAUGGAAAUUAUCAUCACUAUGUUUAUGACAUUAAAAUAAAGAUGGCAAUAAAA